GGCUUGACCGGCGCGAUGUUCCCCCAGUACACAGUCAACUGCAGCACCUACAACAGCAGCAGCUGCUUCUCCCCGCCUUCCCUGGGCUUCUUCUGUCUCUCCAACGGCACCACACUGAAAACCGUGUGUCAGGCCUCGGAGGCUGUGUGCAACUCCAACGGGACCAUCCAGCUGGAUGACUCUUUCGCCUCCUGUCGUGUGAAUGUGACGACAACCAACCCAACGACAAACAGCAACAACAACAACAACAACACUGCCUCAGUGAUGACGCCGCUGCUGUCUCUGACAGUGGUGACAGCCUCAAUGGCCUUGGCCAUACCCCCCGUCCAGUUCCUUACACCAUGAGUAGAGUAAUCUGCUACGUUUAACCUAUCUGUGCCCGUGGUUUUAUGCACCCCGCAUAAUUUAGCAAAAUUUGAUCAUUUUUAAAAUAAAUUUCUGAUUAUUUUCCUUCAUCAUUCUCUGUUAAAAAUUAACCGAUUGCACAUUUUUGGGCUCAGUUUGCAUAAUUUCAGAAUUUUUCUUGCAGAACAAAACGACCAGGACAGACCUAUAAAUUGUCCAGUUCAUGAAACUUGC